AUGGCGGCUGCCGCUUGCCCAAGGCUGGCCCUGGGCUCAGGCAAGCCGCCGAUGGCCCACUGCUACUUGCCCAGGGCUGGCCCCAGGAUCAGGCAAGCCGCUGGUGGCUGCUGCCGCUUGCCCCAGGGCUGGCCCCUGGCUCAGGCAAGCCGCCGAUGGCCGCUGCCACUGCAAGGGCCCAAGGUUCAGGCAAUGAGGUUUGGGCAAGGUUCAGGGUUAAUAACAAAUGCUGUUUCAAACAUAACCAAUCUGAUUAUUUUUGGAGAACGAUUCACUUACGAAGACACUGAUUUCCAACACAUGAUUGAGCUAUUUAGUGAGAAUGUGGAGCUAGCUGCCAGUGCCUCAGUCUUCCUGUAUAAUGCCUUCCCAUGGAUUGGCCUCUUACCUUUUGGAAAACAUCAACAGCUGUUCAGAAAUGCCGCUGUGGUCUAUGAUUUUCUCUCCAGGCUUAUCGAAAAAGCUUCUCUCAACAGAAAGCCUCAGUUACCUCAGCAUUUUGUUGACGCUUAUUUAGAUGAGAUGGAUCAGGGUAAAAAUGACCCAUCAUCUACUUUCUCCAAAGAAAACCUAAUUUUCUCUGUGGGUGAACUCAUCAUUGCUGGAACUGAAACUACAACCAAUGUGCUACGAUGGGCAAUUCUUUUCAUGGCACUUUAUCCUAACAUUCAAGGACAAGUUCAGAAAGAGAUUGAUUUGAUUAUGGGACCCAAUGGGAAGCCUUCUUGGGACCACAAAUGCAAAAUGCCUUACACUGAGGCAGUUUUGCAUGAAGUUUUACGAUUCUGUAAUAUAGUGCCAUUAGGGAUUUUCCAUGCAACCUCUGAAGAUGCAGUUGUACGUGGUUAUUCUAUUCCUAAAGGCACAACAGUAAUCACAAAUCUUUAUUCUGUACAUUUUGAUGAAAAGUACUGGAGAGACCCAGAAAUAUUCUAUCCGGAGCGAUUUCUGGACAGCAAUGGAUAUUUUUCCAAGAAGGAAGCUUUGGUUCCGUUUUCCCUAGGACGAAGACACUGUCUUGGAGAACAGCUGGCUCGGAUGGAAAUGUUCCUGUUUUUUACAGCAUUGCUUCAGCGGUUUCACUUGCAUUUUCCCCAUGAACUGGUUCCAGAUCUGAAGCCCAGGUUAGGCAUGACCUUGCAGCCCCAGCCCUUCCUCAUCUGUGUGGAAAGACGCUAAAAGGGCACAAUGCCCUGUGGAAUGAGGUCAUAUGUUCACCUCACCCCUGAACCUAGUUUAAUCAUUGUAUGUGUUUGGACAAAAGCCACAGCAUCAGAAAGUUAACACAAAUGUGUCUUUAUUUCAUUUUAUUUUUUUAAAUGCAGAUUAUGAGAUUCUGCAUUACUUUUUAAAAAAAUGUUUAUAUUGAUUUCAGAGAAGAGGGGA